GUUUAUAAAUUGUCUGAUGAGGAAAAAUUGGUCGUUGUUUACAAAGCUAGCUCUUUUUGAAAGACCUUCUCAUGAGUUAGAAGAAAUUGGCAGGGAAAUUGUAAAGAAGUGCAAAGGGUUACCUCUUGCUACAAAAACUAUUGGGCGUCUUUUGCAGUGUAAGAGGACUAGAGAUGAAUGGCAACGUGUUUUAGAUAGUGAACUCUGGGAAUUCGAGGAGAUAGAAAAAGGUCUUUUUUCCCCUUUGAUGUUGAGUUAUUACGAUUUGCCAUCCAUAAUAAGACGAUGUUUUUCUUAUUGUGCUAUCUUUCCUAAAGAUUACAAUAUAGAUAAAGUCGAUUUGAUUAGAUUAUGGAUGGCGCAAGGUUAUUUAGAGUUAGAAAAACAUGCAAAGUUAGAGACAAUAGGUGAAGAGUGUUUUGAUCACUUAGCUACACGAUCUUUCUUACAAGAAUUUGUAAAAUAUGAAGAUGUUAUAUCGGGUUAUAAGAUGCAUGAUAUAGUGCAUGACUUUGCGCUAUUUUUGAGUAACGGUGAAUGUCUUGCUAUAGAAGUCAAUAUUGGUGAUAAGGAUCCUUUUAUAAACUCUUCUAACAAAAAUGUUCGUCAUUUAAUGUUAAAAGUUAAUAAAGGGGUUUCAUUUCCAAUGUCCAUUUGUAGUGUCAAAAGUCUACGUAGUCUCCUCAUGAUUAGUGAUGACAGAGAUUAUAAUGCAUUGUCCGGUGAUGUUUUACAAAAUUUAUGUAAAUUGACAUGUUUAAGGUCAUUGAAAUUCCCGAAAUGUAGAGUUGAAGAGAUUCCAAAAGAUAUAAAAAAAUUGAUUCAUUUAAGAUAUCUUGAUUUGAGUUUACAAAAUAUAGUACAAUUACCAGAAAGCUUGUGCGAAUUAUAUAAUUUGCAUACUUUAGUCAUUAUUGGUUGUUUUUCUAUAGUUGAAUUGCCUCAAGGGAUUGGGAAAUUAGUAAAUUUGAGGCGAUUAAAAAAUAAUGAUUGUGUUGGACUACUUUACAUUCCGAAAGAGAUUGAGAAAUUAACUGGUCUUCAAACAUUGAGCGAAUUCGUUAUAAGUAGUGAAGGUGAUAAUGACAGCAAAGCAUGUAGUCUCGAAGGAUUGAAAUUUUUGAAUAAUCUUGAAGGGAGCCUUACAAUAAGAGGGUUGGGAUUUGUGAAAAUUGCGAGUGAUGGUAAAAUCAACCAAGUACUUACGAAUAAGGAAAACCUCACUCGUUUGACUCUGCUGUUUCAUAAGUUGAAAAGGAUAGACAGGAGAAGUUUCCAGUUGAUAACUACUGGAGGAGGGAUAUCAUGUGAAGAUUAUGAAUUAGUCCUCGAAGCCUUACUACCACCUCCAAAAUUAGAGGUGCUGGAGAUAGAAUACUACAGAGGCAACACUUUUCCCUCCACUUGGAUCACGUCAUUAACCAAGCUGAAGUCUUUAUUUCUUCGCAACGUUUCCAAUUGUGAGAAUUUGCAUCCAUUGGGGAAACUGCCAUCCCUUGAAAGAUUAUAUAUAUUUUCAAUGAACAAUGUGAAAAAAGUGGAUAAUGUGUUUUGGGGAAUGGAAAGUGGAACCUCUUCGUCAUCUUCAUCCUCUUAUUUCUUCCCCAAAUUGGAAAAACUUGAAUUUUGGCAUAUGAACGAAUGUGAAGAGUGGGACAACAACAUUGCAAAGAAGGGAGAAGAUAAGGAACAUAUUAAAUUCAUGCCUUGUCUUGCUACCUUGCGAAUUGUUUCCUGCCACAAAUUAAAGGCACUUCCAGACAGCCUUCUCCAGGGAAUAGCACUCAAAGAAUUGAACAUUUUUGCGUGUAAUAUUCUACGUGAACGAUACAAAGAGGGAACAGGAGAGGACUGGCACAAGAUCUCUCACAUCCCUAAAAUCCAAAUCGAUAAUUAGGUCAAACGGCAGCUGCAAACAUCAACCCGCUAGCCACAGGGGUAGAUUCAUUUCAGAGGUACAAAUUUAUUAGUCUUGGAUCAAUGCUUACAAGACAGAGGAUAGCAGUAGCACAAGGUGGAGAAAAGAAAGUACGCAGUUUGAGGCUAGUCAAAAGCAGUUACAAAAGAAGCAACUUUAACAUGAUGUCAUUAAACAUUUCUUCAAGAAUCAAGGUCAUACAAUAUACCUAAUUAAAGAAGUACUGGUUUUCAUUUCUCUUACCUGUCUGACUUCAGCAGAGAAGACAGAAUGUGAGCAGCGGAAGAAGAGAAGAAGAUUUGCAGUAAUGGCUUUCACUUUAUCAUCUAUUUGAGUUCUGGUUUAGUUUUCUCCAUAAGCUUUCUAUUUUAUGUUAAUUAUAUUUUUUUGGAGGUAAUAUACUAGGGAAGUUUGACAGUUAACCGAGAAAUAAUAACCUGGAUUUUCAGAACAGCCAGAAGCAGUUCAAUUUUUUUGCACUACAACAGAGGAGAAGAUGAUUAGGCUUACAGAAGAAGUCCCAAAUACAUGAACAUGGUUACAACAGUCCCAGCACUGAAAGCCUUUAGAACCUCACUUAUCCAUCUUCAACUUCUACAACGUGGCAUGGUUUCCCAUGUCACAGCAACGUAAGCAAUAGCUAUAAAGUAAAAGGCCAUCCACAAGACCCUGUGAGUAAUCAAUGUUGUUGCUUACUGUAAAGAUGUGAAUGCAGAAAGAUGACAAGCCAUCCACAAAACAACAACAAUGCAUAAAGCUGUGAAAAAUGCAAUGUUGUUGCUUACUGUAAAGACCUUAAAAGUUGUUCUGCCAACUGUUGAUAACCCUUUCAAUGGCCCCUCCUGCAGGACUCAACCACAAGGGUUUGUGCCUGCGGCAACCAAAAUUGCCACCAUUAUAAUUGAGUUCCGGGCAUUUUGAAGUACCUCUUUGUAUAUCUCAUAUAGCUUUUGCUUUUUCGGGAAAAUUUUCGAAAGUUUUCUCUGUUCUCUUCUGUGUCUAUCACUCAAGGAUGGAAGCUGAAGCAACUCCUCUCUUGAUAUUGGUUCCAUGGAUGAUGUAGGCAAGAAACCACAAGAUUUGUUGAUACGCUUGUGUCGAGGCCAGGUGGCACAAGUCCUGGCUGCUUGCAAAGUUGGAAGUCUAAGGGCAUUUCACACUGUUGCCCAUAUCAACCCUUUGGAGUUUUCAAGCAUCGGCAGUUGAGAAUGUAUUUCUGUGACCCCUGAGUAAGGUAUUGGUGAACCCUCAAGAACAAUCUUGUUAUCUCCAAGUAUCCUCUGCUACAAGCACAGUGCAAUGUAUUUCUGUGUUACCUGUGUGUCCCAUUGAUGUGGCAACAUUUAGAGCAGUUAAAUCAUCCUCAUCUUCUUAAAAUUCCAUUAGCCAUGUUGCUUCAUCAUGUGCUUCACCACAUCAAGAUACCCUUUCUCUGCAUGCUACGAAAAUGCACUUCUGUUAUCAUGGUUAAGCUUAAUAGCUGUCCACGGAUUAGUCUCCUAGAGCAGCAUUCCACUUCGGCUUUCCCUUAACAAUAAGCUUCAUGCAAUGGAGUCUCAAGCUUCUUGUUCAUAGUUGCAACAAUUUCAGGAUGCGGCUCAAUGAUAUCCUUUACCAAUUGGUUGUGCCUGAACCUGGACGACAGCUUCAACACCGUGGUCAGAAAACGCAUCUGAUGAAGCAAAUGUCCAAUUGAUGUCUUGUUCAACUUGGAAACUGAAAGAUUUGCUGAUAAGCUUGUGUGGAGGCUCUUGAUCCUAAGAAGAAGGGGUAGAUUCAUUUCAGAGGCGGCACAGAUUUGUUAUUCCAAGUGCUUUGACUGUUUUGUGGCUCACAAGCAAGAGGAUAGCACAAUGUAAAAAUAGAUUCAGACUAGACUAAAGCAGUAAUUAAAAAAAAAAAAAUCCAUAAUUUGGGUAUUCUUUAUGAGGGAUCAAUCAUGUAGGUAGCUUCUUCAUUUGCUCGAAAUUCACUAUAUAAAAUCCUUUGAUUACUCAUUGAGGUGUGUUAAUGCUUAUAUUGAUAUUAAAAUACUUUUUGUUCUUUGUUAAGGAAAGUUGGUGUACAUAUUUUUGUUUUGGUGCAUGUGAAGGAUCAAGGAAAUACACUAUACCAGAUGAAAUAAUUGCUCAUUCUACGCGUGUCUUACCUAUCUAAGUUCUCCACAUUACGGAAUGAGAAGGAUGGGAAGCAAAAGAAGAAUUACAAUCAUGUUACUACAAGAGAUAAAACAGAAAGAGUGUGAGCAGCUGAAGAAGAGAGGAACCACCUGCAAAGUCCUUUCUCCAUCCGCAAGCAAAGUCCUGUCGAGCCUCCUUGGAAAGGUCACGGAGAAUUCAAGGAAGGCAAUGGUGCAAAUUCCAAGCCCUCGCAAAGGAGCUUUCAUUGAGCAGUUAUUCAAUCAAAAUAUUGGAUUGCUCUCCUCCUCUGACCUCUCUCUUCCCUCCACUUCAACUUCCUCAACCAAUGUCUUGUCAGCACAAGUCCCAGAUACAUGAACACAGUUCCUACAGUCCCAACAAUGAUAGCCAGUAGAACCUCAAACAUCCACCCUGAUUCUAUACAAUGUGGCAUGGUCACCGUUGUUGCAGCAAUAUCACACAAAUCCUUGGCUUCUGUUAAAGACACUGGUUCUAGUGGCUUUUCAUCUUGAAUUCUGGUUUCUCAAAGGAUGGAACCUCGAGUAAAUCCUUUGUUGACAUUAGUUCCAUAUUUGGUGUGGGCAAGAAACCACAAGAUUUGCUAAUGCACUUGUGUCGAGGCUGGGUGGCACAACCUCUGGCUGGUAGCCGAGUCCGAAGUCUAAGGGCAGCUCACAACUUUGCGUAUAUCAAUCAGAUAUUGAAGAAGGCUCCUGCUUUUUGUCUCAAGUAUAUCUUUGGAAUUUUCAAGUGUCUGCUGUUGUGAAUUAGUUUCUUGUGCCCCUGCUAAGAGAGGCAACAACUCUGUACUUUUAUCAGCAGCUGCCUCUACGGCUUUCUUUAACUGCUUGCUUUCUGCAUUACCUGGAGACAGUUCAAGAAUUUCAAGUACCGUACUGGAAGGAAGUGGGAGAACUUAACAUGAAUUCUUCAAGGAUUGGAACUUUGCCAUGUAUGGCUGCCAAGUGCAAUGGGGUAUAACCUUUGUCAUUUUAUUGCAGAGCAAGGUCUUGGUCAAGCCUCAAAAAAAAUCUUGUUAUCUCCAAGUAUCCUCUGCUACAAGCACAGUGCAACGGAGAAUAUCCAUUCUUGUUGCUCUUUCGAGCAAAAUUUGGCCGCACCUCCAAUAUGUUCUGAACAGUGUCUGCUCCACAACGCACUUGAAUGAGUUCAGAAAAACAAGUUGAUCAGCUCCAACUUUUGUUCCAAAGUAAAAAUGAAUACAGUUAUUACCUGUGUGCCCCAUUGCUGGGGCAACAUGUAGAGCAUUUAGAUCAAUCCCAUCUUCUUCAAAGUCCAUCAGCCAAGACUGAUUCAUCAUGAGCUUCACCACAUCAAGAUGCCCCUGUCUACAAGCUAUGAAAAAUGCACUUUCAUUUUCAUAGUUAAGCAUAGUAGCUAUCCACGGCUUAGUCUCCAGGAGCAGCAUUAACGCAUCUGCUCUACCUUGUCGACAAGCUUCUUGUUCACAGUUUCAACAAUUUCAGGAUGCAACUCAAUGAUGUCCUUCACCAAUUCGAAGUGCCUGAACCUUGAGGCAAGGUGCAACACGGUGCUCAAGUGAUAAUCAGUUCUCUGUUCCAGAAUUCCUUCAUUGUCUUGAACUAAAUUGUCGAAGGCACCUCUGUAAUUGUUGGCAAUUGCCUCAAAAAGCCUUGAAUCCAUUUCCUUUUCUUAACUGUCUUGCGUGAAGUAAUGCUGAAGAAGUUAUUACAUAUAUAUACUAUUGCUAUCAAUCCGUUGAUGAGCUGUAAUCCUGCAACACUUGAUUGACUCUACUUUAUGGUCAACUUUCUAUAUUCCUCAAAUAAUAUGCGUGCUUCAAGUUUCCUGUUAGCAAAUAAAGCUCCAGCUAUUGGAAAGAAGUUGAAGCUAUAACAGCUAUAGAAAGAAAAACAGGUGCUAUCCAUCUUCUGAAAUGGUAGCUAGGCUCGUUAGGGAAGACAGGCUUUUGACGGUGGGAAGUGAACAAGACAAUCUUGGAAUGGCAUACAGUUAGGCAUGAAUUGUUUAUGAGCUGUUUUUGAAGAUCCUUUUAUCAUCCAGAUUUGAGAAGGAUCUUUUACAGUCAAAACUGCAAUAGUAUAUACCUUUCUUUUUUCACUUCUUGCUUUGAAAAUGAAUGGUUUUAUAAGAACCAUAAAUGAAAAGAGAAACCUUAAGAGAAGUCUACAAAGAAAGAUGCCAUUGGCAAUUCGAGAUUCCAUUUUUAUUCGAAGUGGAUGACAAUAUUCUACCAAAACCUAUUUAUGCGUUUUUGUUUGUUGCUUUAAUUUGUAGUUAAACUGGAGAUAAUAGAAGAGAAACUUUUGAACUUUUAUGUUCUUUUGGUUUGAUAGUGAGACAAAACUCCUUUUAACUAACUCAACUUGCUGUGUUAGUCUAAUGGGAUUUUACUUCUCUUGUGAUAGAGUGGAAUAUUGGAAUGUGUUUGGUUGCUGCGAAAAUAUGGGGAAAAAAUGUGUUUGGUUUUCGUUUU